UUUCCUUUUCUUUUUUUUUUUUUUGAAUACGAUGCAAAGACAUACAAGUGACGAUUUUGAGAACAUAUAUAGCCACUCUUUUCGAUACUUAACAUCUUCGACGCCUAUUCUUUAUGAAGAAGAUCCUUGGAGUACUACAUAUCAAGAGGAGAUUGGAUUUCCAUUCGAACUAUCCAAUGUAUUAUUAGGUGUGGAUGUACCUGAUGCCUAUACAGAUAUUUACAGCCAAUGCAACCCACAUCAUCAAACAGUAAACAUAAAAGCACUUGAGAUCAUCUUGAAGACAGCAGGUUUAUCACAUCAAGCACAAAAAGAAGUCAUGCACUUUAUAAGUCCUGAAAUCAGCUAUGUUACACGGAAUGAAUUCAAUGCUUAUCUUGCUUUAAUUGCUUGUGCACAAAAAAAGAUGGAUAUUUCAUUAGAAACAGUCUAUCAUCAUAAAGAAGACUUGCCUAUACCCAUACUUCCUGACCUCACUCACUUGACUUUACAACCCAAUGCAAUAAAGCAGGACGAUCAGCACACUCAAUUAUACCAAGAAGAACAAAAAGCAUUAAAUCAAUGGCUUCAAGACCUCGAUCAUAUCUCACUGACAUUGACAUUAGAAAAAGAGGGAUUCUUGUUUAAACACAUCAAUUAUCAGAUCAAAAGUGAGAAACUAGGCACUAGCGUAUUAAGAAGAUUCAGUGAUUUUUGGUGGUUAUGGGAGACACUACUUAAGCGAUAUCCAUGUAGGAUCAUACCACAUUUACCACCAAAAAAACUAGGUGGAAGAACAGACGUGUUUGAAGACAGAAGAAGGAAGGGACUGUCUCGAUUUAUGAAUGCAGUGAUCCAACAUCCUGUGCUUGGUAAAGAUGAAGUAGUGAAGGCAUUUUUAAGUCAUCCUUCGGAAAUGACUACAUGGAGACGAAAACACCCUCCUUCUUUAGACGAAGAAUUUGUGAGGACAUCCUAUUCUAUGGCACGAUUGGAGCAAUUGAUUCCUUUGGAUUUGGAUGAUCGUAUCAUUCGUAUGAGGAAAAGACUGACUGUAUCUGUUCAACUGUAUGAGCGCAUGUGUCUGAUCAUGAACCAAAUGAACAGGUUAAACAAAGCAUUAGGUUCAGAUUAUGCUCGCUAUAGUAUGACACUCAAUUUUGUGAGUGAUCUGGAUAAGGACUGUUGGGUGCCCAACUGUGAGGGUUGUCAGCAAAUGGUACAUGGUUAUGAAGGCAUAUCAAAAUCAUUACAACAAACAGGUGCCAUGCUUCAUAAACAUGCUAUUAUCACAGACAAUACGAUCGUGGAGAGUUUAAAGCAACAAAGGGACUUACUGGACGCAUUCAAAGAACUCUUGGAGCGUAAAGAACGUCUGAAUACCAUGUCCAAUCAAACACUCUCUAGACUGAUAGCCAAAUAUCAAACAGGAAAAAUACAGCCUACAGUGGCUCAUGAUGUUCAACAAGUACAAGAACAUACCUUACCAGAACACAUACGAGACCAAGAUACAGGAUUAACACUGACUCAACAACGAGACAUCUUUAUCCGUUACUGUCUUAUGUCUGAACUGUCCUUUUUGCAUAAACAACAGACAAACAUAUCCAUGAUGUACAACACAUUUGUCACAAACCAACUCAAGCAUACAAAACAAUGGACAGAACAUUGGAAAAAUAUAGCCUUAUUCACUACUGAAAUGCCUAAAGCAUCACAUGUCUUUUUAUAAACGAUU